CCCACGCGCCACCGGAGAGACGAGCAAAUGAAAAGGACUUUUGAGAGCGCGAUUCGAAGCUUCCAGGCGGUGGCAGAGUGUCCUCGUCUCACCAAAUUCUCUCUUCACGCUCCAAAAUCUGUAGAGGUGGAAUUUGACAAUGGCAAUGCAUAUAAUCUGUCAGCCGAAUACCUGAGAAUAUAUAGCCCAGCAGUCGACAGUAAGAUUAGAUCGAUUGGAGGUGAAAAGGUUAUAUCCGGGAGACGUCAUGUUGGAAUCAUGUCUGCUGAACCUGUGGGAAACUAUGGUGUCAGAUUGCUUUUUGAUGACUUGCAUAAAACGGGGAUCUUUACAUGGGAUUACUUCUAUCAUCUUGGUAGCGAUAGGUUUACUCUCAUGAGAAAUUACAUCAAAACUCUAAAGAAACACGGACUCAGCCGGGACCCACCACGCAAGAAGUAACAUUUUAGUCUUCAAAGAGUAGGGUACAAUCUAAGUGCCAACCAAGACUAAUCAUUUUUGCAUGGUGUGAUGUUUGAUGGAGUUUAUGUGGAAUUUGUUGGUGUUCUGUCUUUUAUUUAAAAAUCACAAAUGUACGUUAUAUAUAUACACACACGUCGAUGAUGUCGAUUUAUGUAUGUAGUAAUGUAGUGUGUAUUGGUACUUUAGUUUAUACUCUAUAGUGAUGUAGCAACUAGAGUUGGUUCAUUCAUCAAGUUGAACAAACAGUCUUCUUCCUCUACUAAUAAUAUACCCUUUAUUACAAGCAAAAA